CUCCACAAGUUGAACACCCAAUAUUUGUGUAAUUCAACCUAACUUCCUUUUCCAACACUCACAGAUUAAGACUGAGCGUUAAACCUAAUUUCACAUCUCAUACAAUGGCCACAAUUUCUGCUGCUACUUCAUUCACUGGUUUUUGUUACAGCAAAUCAAGACUCCAAGGACUCAAGCCAACCGUGCAUGUAGAUGGCAGACCAAGGCGCAUGGUUGCUGUGAGAGCUGAAGGGCUAGGCAUCAACCCGUCAAUUAGAAAGGAAGAGGCCAAAGUAGUCGACUCUGUUCUGGUCGAUGAGCUUUCUAAGCCUCUAACUCCUUAUUGCAGAUGCUGGAGAUCAGGGAUAUUUCCAUUAUGUGAUGGAACACACGUAAAGCAUAACAAAGCCACUGGUGACAAUGUUGGACCUUUGCUCUUGAAAAAGCCAAAAGAGUAAUUAAUUAUUAUUAUUUCUUUCCUAUCUCUGUUGUUGUUAGCCGUGUGAACUCGAGAAUUUUUAAUAUUAUUUUGUGUACUAAUAUUUGCUCACCGCCUCUGAUUCAGGGGAACUUUCUUU